CCCCGCCGUGAACCGGGGAGCCGGCACCCCCAGGAGGCGGGCGGCACCGGAGCUGCGAGGUCUGAACCAUGUGAGGGACGUUGCUGGGGCACAGGACACGCGCGGGGAACACGAAGUUUGCCUUUCCCAGAAUGGAUCAUAGGAAGAACUGGCCUCGGGUACCAGACUCCGAUGGCUGGUCAGUGGCUUUGCUCUGUCUCUUCCUGGCAUCGCUCUCCCGAAGCGUGUCCAGCAAUGCCUUGUUCAGCACUUUCCACUCUGAGAACCGGGACUGGACGUUCAACCACCUGACUGUCCACCAAGGCACUGGAGCAGUCUACGUUGGAGCUAUCAACAGGGUUUACAAGCUUUCGGGUAAUCUGACCAUUUUGGUGGCUCAUAAAACUGGUCCUGAGGAGGACAAUAAAUCCUGCUACCCACCCCUCAUCGUCCAGCCAUGCAGCGAGAUCCUCACCCUCACCAACAAUGUCAAUAAGCUGCUGAUCAUUGACUACUCUGAGAACCGGCUGCUGGCUUGUGGCAGCCUCUACCAGGGGGUCUGCAAGCUGCUGCGCCUGGAUGACCUCUUCAUCUUGGUAGAGCCCUCGCACAAAAAGGAGCACUACCUCUCCAGCGUCAACAAGACAGGCACGAUGUAUGGUGUGAUCGUGCGCUCGGAAGGUGAAGAUGGGAAGCUCUUCAUUGGCACGGCAGUGGAUGGGAAGCAGGAUUAUUUUCCCACCCUCUCCAGCCGCAAACUUCCCCGGGACCCAGAGUCAUCAGCAAUGUUGGAUUAUGAGCUCCACAGUGACUUUGUCUCAUCCCUCAUCAAAAUCCCCUCAGAUACCUUGGCCCUUGUUUCACACUUCGACAUCUUCUACAUCUAUGGUUUUGCCAGUGGCAACUUUGUCUAUUUUUUGACUGUCCAGCCAGAGACCCCAGAGGGUGUCUCCAUCAACUCCGCCAGCGAUCUCUUUUACACGUCUCGCAUCGUCCGUCUCUGCAAAGACGACCCCAAGUUCCACUCCUAUGUCUCUCUGCCCUUUGGCUGCGUCAAGGGGGACACGGAGUACCGCCUUCUGCAAGCAGCGUACCUCUCCAAGCCAGGAGAUGUGCUGGCCAAGUCCCUCAACAUCACGGCCCAGGAGGAUGUCCUCUUUGCCAUUUUCUCCAAGGGACAGAAGCAGUACCAUCAGCCACCUGACGACUCUGCGCUCUGCGUCUUCCCCAUUCGCACCGUCAAUGCUCAGAUCAAGGACCGCCUGCAGUCCUGCUACCAGGGGGAAGGCAACCUGGAGCUCAACUGGCUGCUGGGGAAAGACGUCCAGUGCACUAAAGCGCCAGUCCCCAUCGAUGACAAUUUCUGCGGGCUCGACAUCAACCAGCCCCUGGGAGGCUCGACACCAGUGGACGGAGUGACGCUCUACACCUCGAGCCGGGACCGGAUGACUUCUGUUGCUUCCUACGUCUACAAUGGCUACAGCGUGGUGUUUGUGGGGACUAAGACUGGCAAGCUGAAGAAGAUCCGAGCAGAUGGUCCUCCCCAUGGUGGAAUUCAGUAUGAAAUGGUGACAGUUUUCAAGGAUGGGAGCCCAGUCCUUCGAGACAUGGCCUUCUCCAUCGAUCAGAAGUAUCUAUACGUCAUGUCGGAGCGACAGGUGUCCCGGGUGCCCGUGGAGUCCUGCGAGCAGUACACGACCUGCGGGGAGUGCCUCAGCUCGGGAGACCCCCACUGCGGCUGGUGCACGCUCCACCACAUGUGCUCCCCGAGGGACAGCUGCGAGCGGGCGGACGAGCCGGACCGAUUUGCAGGCAGCAUCAGCCAGUGCAUGAGCGUCACCGUGCAGCCCAGCAGCAUCUCCGUCUCCGAGCACAGCCUCCCGCUCAGCCUCCUGGUGAGCGAUGCUCCAGACCUGACGGCUGGGGUCAGCUGCCUCUUCGGAAACCUGACGGAGGUGGAAGGGCAGGUUUCGGGCAGCCGGGUUGUGUGUGUUUCGCCAGCAGCGAAAGAUGUUCCUGCCAUACCUGUGGAUCAGGACUGGUUCGGCGUGGUGCUGCAGCUGAAGUCGCAGGAGACGGGGAGGACAUUUGUCAGCACGGAGUUCAAGUUCUACAACUGCAGUGCCCACCAGCUGUGCCUGUCUUGUGUGAACAGCGCUUUCCGCUGCCACUGGUGCAAGUACCGGAACCUCUGCACCCACGACCCCACCACGUGCUCCUUUCAGGAGGGACGGAUCAACAUCUCUGAGGACUGUCCCCAGCUCUUCCCCACAGAGGAGAUCCUGAUCCCGGUGGGAGAGGUGAAACCCAUCACGCUGAAGGCGAGAAACCUACCCCAGCCCCAGUCCGGCCAGCGCGGGUACGAGUGUGUCCUCAGCAUCCAGGGCGUGAUCCACCGCGUGCCUGCCCUGCGCUUCAACAGCUCCAGCGUCCAGUGCCAGAACAGCUCGUAUCUCUAUGAUGGGAUGGACAUCAGCAACUUAGCAGUGGACUUUGCUGUGGUUUGGAAUGGGAACUUUGUUAUUGACAACCCGGAGGAUCUGAAAGUGCACCUCUACAAGUGCGCAGCCCAGCGUGAGAGCUGCGGGCUCUGCCUGAAAGCCGACCCCAAGUUCGAGUGCGGCUGGUGCAGCGGCGAGGCCAAGUGCACGCUGCGGCCGCACUGCAGCGCGCCCUCCGCCCAGCCCUGGCUCGACUGGUCCAGCAGGAACGUCAAGUGCUCCAACCCUCGCAUCACCGAGAUCCUGACAGUGUCUGGCCCCCCAGAAGGAGGGACGAGGGUGACCAUCCGUGGCGUGAACCUGGGCCUGGAUUUCUCCGAGAUCGCCCACGGGGUGCAGGUUGCUGGGGUGCAGUGCACGCCCCUGCCCGAGCAGUACGUCGUCGCAGAACAGAUCGUCUGUGAAAUGGGGCAGGCGCUUCCAGGGAUCAGCUCCGGCCCAGUGCUCCUGUGCAUCGGAGAGUGCAAGCCGGAGUUCACGGCCAAGUCUGCGCAGCAGUACAUGUUCGUGACUCCAGUGGUGAGUUUUCUGAAUCCCAGCCGUGGUCCGGAGUCAGGAGGGACGAUGGUGACCAUCUCCGGGCACUACCUGGGAGCUGGCAGCCGCGUGUCGGUGCUCCUGGGAAACCAGACCUGCGAAUUCUACGGGCGAUCCAUGAACGAGAUCGUCUGCGUGUCGGCCCCAUCAGCCCACGGCCUGGGGGCUGUUCACGUCUCCGUCAGCGUCGACCGGGCUCAGCUGGAGCGGACCUUGCUGUUUGAGUACAUCGACGAUCCAAAGGUGCAGCACAUCGAACCCGAGUGGAGCAUCGCCAGCGGACACACGCCUCUGACCGUCACCGGCUCCAACCUGGAUGUGAUCCAGGAGCCAAGGAUCCGCGUCAAGUACAAUGGCAAGGAGUUUGUCAACGUCUGCAAGGUGGUGAACGCCACGGCGCUGGCCUGCCUCGCGCCCCCCCUCACCCCCGAGUACCGGCCUGGCCUGGACGCUGUCGAGCGGCCGGACGAAUUUGGGUUUAUCUUUAACAACGUGCAGUCCCUGCUAGUCUACAAUGACACCAAGUUCAUAUACUACCCCAACCCGACGUUUGAACUCCUGAGCCCGACCGGGGUGCUGGAGCAGAAGCCGGGAUCACCCAUCAUCCUGAAGGGCAGAAACCUGUGCCCACCCGCUCCUGGAGGAGCAAAGCUCAACUACACCGUGCUGAUCGGAGAAACACCCUGCGCUGUCACCGUCGAGACCCAGCUGCUGUGCGAGCCACCAAAUCUCACCGGACAGCACAAAGUGAUGGUGCGUGUUGGUGGUAUCAUCUUCUCCCCUGGUUCGGUGAGCAUCAUCUCAGACAGCCUCCUGACCCUGCCGGCCAUCGUCAGCAUCGCAGCCGGAGGCAGCCUGCUCCUCGUCAUCGUCAUCAUCGUCCUCAUCGCCUACAAGCGCAAGUCCCGAGAGAACGACCUGACCCUCAAGAGGCUGCAGAUGCAGAUGGACAAUCUGGAGUCCCGGGUGGCCCUGGAGUGCAAGGAGGCUUUUGCAGAGCUGCAGACGGACAUCAAUGAAUUAACCAGCGACCUGGAUCGCUCCGGGAUCCCGUACCUCGACUAUCGGACAUAUGCCAUGAGGGUCCUUUUCCCUGGCAUCGAGGACCAUCCUGUCUUGCGGGAGCUGGAGGUCCAAGGGAACGGGCAGCAGAGCGUGGAGAAGGCCUUGAAGCUCUUUGCUCAGCUGAUCAACAACAAAGUCUUCCUGCUGACCUUCAUCCGGACGCUGGAGCUGCAGCGCAGCUUCUCCAUGCGCGAUCGUGGCAACGUGGCCUCGCUCAUCAUGACGGGUCUGCAAGGCAAGCUGGAGUACGCCACCGAUGUGCUGAAGCAGCUGCUCUCCGACCUGAUCGAGAAGAACCUGGAAAACAAGAACCACCCCAAACUGCUCCUGCGCAGGACCGAGUCCGUGGCUGAGAAGAUGCUGACUAACUGGUUUGCCUUCCUCCUCCACAAGUUCCUCAAGGAAUGUGCUGGAGAGCCGCUCUUCAUGCUCUACUGUGCCAUCAAGCAACAGAUGGAGAAAGGUCCGAUUGAUGCCAUCACAGGAGAAGCCCGUUACUCCCUCAGUGAGGACAAGCUGAUUCGGCAGCAAAUCGAGUACAAGACUCUGAUCCUAAACUGUGUGAACCCGGAUAAUGAGAACAGUCCAGAGAUCCCUGUGAAGGUGCUGAACUGUGAUACCAUCACUCAAGUCAAAGAGAAGAUCCUCGAUGCAGUAUACAAAAACGUCCCAUAUUCUCAGAGACCAAGAGCUGUGGACAUGGACUUGGAGUGGCGGCAGGGCCGGAUAGCUCGUGUGGUCCUGCAAGAUGAAGACAUCACCACCAAGAUUGAAGGAGACUGGAAGCGCUUGAACACCUUGAUGCAUUAUCAGGUAUCAGACCGCUCAAUUGUGGCUCUCGUUCCCAAACAGACCUCCUCCUACAAUAUUCCUGCCUCUGCCAGUAUAUCCCGGACGUCUAUUAGUCGAUACGACUCCACCUUCCGCUACACUGGCAGCCCCGACAGCCUGCGCUCCCGGGCCCCCAUGAUCACCCCCGACCUGGAGAGCGGGGUCAAGGUCUGGCACUUGGUCAAAAACCAUGACCACGGAGACCAGAAGGAAGGAGACCGGGGCAGUAAGAUGGUGUCUGAGAUCUACCUGACCAGGCUAUUAGCUACAAAGGGUACGCUGCAGAAAUUCGUGGACGACUUGUUUGAGACGCUGUUCAGCACCGUGCACCGCGGCAGCGCGCUCCCGCUCGCCAUCAAGUAUAUGUUCGAUUUCUUGGAUGAGCAGGCAGAUAAGCAUGGCAUCCAUGACACAGAUGUGAGGCACACGUGGAAGAGCAAUUGCCUCCCUCUCCGAUUCUGGGUGAACGUAAUCAAAAACCCCCAGUUCGUGUUUGAUAUCCACAAAGGCAGCAUCACGGAUGCCUGCCUCUCUGUUGUGGCUCAGACAUUCAUGGAUUCCUGCUCCACCUCGGAGCACCGCCUGGGCAAGGAUUCCCCCUCCAACAAGCUGCUGUACGCCAAGGACAUCCCCAGCUACAAGAGCUGGGUGGAGAGGUAUUACGCAGACAUUGCCAAGCUCCCCGCUAUCAGCGACCAGGACAUGAACGCCUACCUCGCCGAGCAGUCGCGCCUGCACUCCGUCGAGUUCAACAUGCUGAGCGCGCUCAACGAGAUCUACUCCUACGUCAGCAAGUACAGCGAAGAGCUCAUUGGGGCUUUGGAGCAGGAUGAACAGGCACGUAGGCAGCGUCUGGCAUACAAAGUAGAGCAACUUAUUGGUGCCAUGUCUAUUGAGAGCUGAAGAAAGGUUGCGGUGCUCACAGACGGCAAAGGGCAGAGGAUUGCACAGACUCUCGGGAAUCAAGAGGGAGAACAAGCAAGGAAGGUGCUGGACACAUAUAAAUACCAAGGCUCUUCUGGAGGGAGCAGGGACUGGCCCAAGGAGUGACUGUGUUCAAAAUCAUAUAGGAUCCGGUUUGAAAAGGCAGGAAGAGAAAAAGACAAAGCAUCUCAAUCAAAGUCAAAUCAAGAUGGAUCUUUUUUUCGAGCAUACAUGGAAAGAAGGAACCUGGAAAGUCUGGAUGUCUCCAUGACCGCUGCUUUGCAUGAAAAUUGUUUGAUGUAUAUUAGAAAAUAAAACUUUAUUUAAAGGGUUUUUUUAAAAAAAAGAAAGAAAGAAAAAGGAAAAAAAAAAAAGAAAUAGAGCAAAAACCACAGAGGCCACAGAGAUAAUCCUGGCAACAAGGUUCAGCUCUGAAUCCUGCCCUCGAGAGACUCCCGAGGACGCGGCUCAGUCAUUCUGCGAACGGACUCUUACGCCAAUUGGAAAGUCUGGAAAACCGAAACUUACUUCUUUUUGGGAUCUUAUAAAAAAUAUGAGCACAAGUUUGCACCACACCUUUUUACACAAGUAAAAUAGCAGUUUAGCCAGAAAAUAGUUCAGUGGCUGAGUAACUUAUAGGCACUAGAAGGAACUUUACCUGAAUUGCAAAACCAUCAGAUCAUCCAACCUGUCUUGAAAUCCAGCUUUAUCUAUGUAUUUAUAUAGUGUCAAUAUAUAUAUAUUUUUUUUAAAUCCCAUUUACUGUUGAACGAGGAAAGAUCUGAUUUUAAACGCUUUCCCCUUCCCACCCCCAU